UCGCAUGAAUAAAACCCCUUCCACAACUUAUUCACAAGGAAGAAAACAUAGAAAGAUUUUACGAUCAGGUUAAUAAGACUUAUACCACCAGCUGAUUUUCACGGCUAAAAUCCGCUCGCAUAUACCUGCUUUUCAAUUAAAACUACCCACCACAAGUUUUGGGAAAUCACGGCCAAAAAUUCCAGAGAUUUUGUGUCAUCUUUUUACCGGCGAGCUUGACGGAUUUCAAACCGAUCAUCUGCAGCUGCGAGAGUGAAAUUUGAGGGUUUGUUGAAUUUGAAGGAUUACGGUUUUGUUUUAUAAGGCGAGGAUUAUUCAGUGGAUGCCGUUGAUUGUGUGCAGAAGCAGAGCAUUUUGAAGUUGAUCGGGUUAGGGCAGAGUUUUGGCGGGGGAAAUUUUGUAUUUGAAGUCUAAGGUUUGAAGAAACAGCCGAGGAAAUUUUUUCUUGCAGGGUUUGAGGAAGCCCAGGGGUUUUUGGCAGUUUUCUUUCCAAGUCCAAGUUGGUUGUUUGUGCUGGAUUUGGAGCAUUCAGUACUAGCCGAUUUUAGCUUUGGAACCCGAAUAGUUGCAGAUAACGAAUGGGCAUUGACUGUAUGGGUUGUGGAACUCAGUUAAGAAGAAUUUGAAUUGACUGCUUAGUUAUUGAAAAAGAAGAUUGAUUAAUUACGGUUUGAAAGCAAAAUUUACUUGGUUAGAUACUUUUGAUUUUUGAGGUUAUUUCAAUAGGUUCAUCUUUUUGAAAUAUAAAUCUGUAAACAAUUGAGUUUAUAUAUUUGGAAAUAGAAGUGAAUUAGUGAAUGAGUUAGAAAUGAAGAAAACAGCUGCAUCUCCACUCCGUAUACCUGUAAAGAACUCCCCAAGGAAAAUGUUUUCAGACAUGAUUACUAACAAUGGCGAUGCUAACCAUUCACUAGAAAUCAAUGCCAGAGAUUACAGCUUUCCUACUAUGCGGCCUCCAUUAUGCCCCAUUCCAGAGGGCAGCUUGAAUUUACCAGGUGGCACAAAUGCAGAGCAUGAUUUAAUUACUCCUAGACCAAAAUUAGAUUCCACCACACAUUUUGCUCUGAUGAAGCUUUCUGGCCCAGGGAGUGCACAUGGUUUUAGUCAGUCCGGGGACAAUAUGUUCAGGGGAUCGAAUUGCAGCACACCUGAUAGUGAGCUCCUUAAUAGCUCAACAGGAUUUUCAUAUACGAAGAACAGGUUUGGAUGGCAGGAGCCGAGGAGUCAUUCUUUGAGUGCUACAGAAAUGGAUUUUGCCAAACAUUCCACAGGCUUGACAAAAUAUCCCUCCCAAGGAAGUCUUCAUGAAAUGGGCUUUUUGUGUGAGCCUGUAGUUUUUUCUAUGGUUAGCAGUUCAGAUAAUGCAUCUGCAACUUCAAAUGGUGUAGCAAGAUCUCUCAAAUACAACCAGUCUGUUACUGCAAGCACUGGAAGUCUACCAGCACUUCCUCCUGCAGAGAGUCAAAUUGUUGCUCCACUCAAGAGUUUACAGUUGGAGUCAAAAAACAACUUUGUGCAACAUCAUUUUGAGCUUCAAGAGGAUCCCUCUUUCUGGGAUGACCAUAAUGUUCAGGUUGUUAUUCGAAUUCGUCCUCUUAGUGGCAUUGAAGUUGCUUCUCAAGGUCAUUCGAGAUGUCUCAGACAGGAUAGUUCCCACACUUUAACUUGGUUGGGGAACCCAGAAUCUCGUUUUACAUUUGAUCUUGUAGCUGGUGAAAAGAUAACUCAGGACAAACUGUUCAGAGUAGCUGGAUUGCCCAUGGUUGAGAAUUGCAUGAGAGGAUAUAAUAGCUGCAUGUUUGCAUAUGGCCAGACUGGUAGUGGGAAAACACAUACUAUGCUUGGUGAUAUUGAGGACGCAGAGCAAAAACUGAGUGCAAAUCGUGGAAUGACACCACGUGUUUUUGAGCAUUUAUUCACAAGAAUUCAUAGGGAAGAGGACACUAGAAGAGAAGAAAAUUUGAAGUUUGUUUGCAAGUGCUCCUUUCUAGAGAUAUACAAUGAGCAGGUUGCAGAUCUCCUAGAGCCAUCAUCAACAAAUUUGCAGAUGAGGGAAGAUGCUAAGAAGGGAGUAUAUGUUGAAAAUCUGUCAGAAAUUGAGGUGAAAGGUGUCAACGAUGUUAUUAAGCUGCUCCUUCAGGGUGCUGCAAACAGAAAAGUUGCAGCAACAAAUAUGAAUCGUGCUAGCAGCCGCUCUCAUAGUGUAUUUACUUGUAUCAUUGAAAGCAAGUGGGAAUGUCAAUCUGUGACUCAUCAUAGAUUUGGACGCUUGAAUCUGGUUGACUUGGCAGGUUCAGAAAGGCAGAAGAGUUCAGGUGCUGAGGGUGAACGUCUGAAAGAGGCCACAAAUAUUAAUAAGUCACUUUCAACUCUUGGGCUUGUGAUAAUGAACCUUGUAAAUAUUGCCAAUGGGAAGACACAACAUGUACCAUAUCGUGACUCAAAACUUACAUUUCUCCUCCAGGAUUCUCUUGGUGGAAACUCUAAAACUAUCAUCAUUGCCAAUGUCAGCCCUGCUAACUGCUGUGGAAUGGAGACACUUAGCACACUAAAGUUUGCACAACGGGCAAAAUUUAUACGGAAUAAUGCUACUGUCAAUGAAAAUGCUACAGGGGAUGUCAUAACAUUAAAAAUGGAAAUUCAACAGUUGAAGGAAGAAGUUUCUCGAUUGCGUGGGAAGCUCAAAGGGGAGGUAGAACACCUUCAAGAAGAAGAUUAUGGAAAUAUGAACUUGCUAAGCUCUCCAGGAGCAUAUGCAUGUGACUCAAGGGGGGUGGCAAGCCCAUCGCUUGGUUAUAAGAAGGCUCCUCGAAAAAGGGAUUUGGAAUCUGCACUGGUCGGAGCACUGAAAAGAGAGCGAGCUAUGGAAAUGCAAAUGAAGGCUAUGACUGCUGAAAUUGAACAAUUAAAAUACUUCGUUAAACAGCGUGAGGAAGAUGCACAGUGUGGAAAGAUGAUGCUCCGUUUUCGUGAAGACAGAAUUAAGAGAUUGGAAGCUGUAGCUUCUGAUAAGAUGUCUGCAGAAGCACACCUUUUAGAAGAGAAGACUGUAUUAAUGGAGGAGUUACAAAUUCUGCGAAACCGUCUUGAUAGAAAUCCUGAGGUGACUAGGUUUGCAAUGGAGAAUAUAAGGUUAAUGGAACAGUUGAGAAGGUUCCAAGAACUCUAUGAAGGUGGACAGCAUGAGCAAAUGGUAGAACAAAUAGCAGUAUUACGUGAUCAGUUACUUGAAGCUCUAGACUGGAAACUUAUGCAUGAACUGGACCCUAAUCUUGCGAACCAGAAGGAACUGUCAGAGACAGAAUUCUUCAGUGAAGAGUGUGAAAUUCUUCAAAAACAAGUUGAUCAACACCGAAGGGAAGCAGAUGCUCUUCGGAAUAACUUGAGCUUCUGCCUGGAAGCCAAAGAAAAACUAGAAAGGCGUGUUGAUGAUUUGAUGUUCCAAAUCGAGAAGAUGAAGGUGUCUAACAAUACAGGAAUGGAGGAAAUGGCCACUGCAACUGAAGUUAACUACUCACAAGAAGUGGAGGCUGAUGUAGAAGGCUUAUCUGCACAAAGAGAACUAAAAGACUUAGUUGAAGCAAUCAGUGUGGCAAGUCAGCGUGAAGCAGAAGCUCAGGGUGAUGCUAUUUUCUUGGCCACGGAAGUUGAGGAUCUGCGCAAAAAAUUGAGGGAAUCAGUGGACGAUAACAAAAGAUUAAUUGAUAUGUUUGAAAAAGUCAUACAAGAAAGAGAUGAAAUCCGAAAAGCUGAAGAGGAUUCACGGGAAGUACAAGAAAAGUUGCAAGAACAGGUCCUUCUACUCAGAAACCAGGUUGAAGAACUUCAGAAGGAGAUUGAUGGACAGAGUGAUACAUUUAGGAAGGAUGAUUACACAAAUAACUGGCCAGAGGGAGUAAAUGUGGUGAAUGCCGAAGUAGAGCAGACAGUUGUUCUUAGGAAAGAGGUUGAUGACCUUCGACUGAAGUUGCAUGAUACAUCUGAAGAGAAUGAACGACUGCUUGAGCUUUAUGAGAAAGCAAUGCAAGAAAAAGAUGAAAUCAGAAAAGCUGAAAAAGAUUCCCGGGAAGUACAAAUAAAGUUGCAAGAACAGGUCCUCCUACUCAGAAAUCAGGUGGAAAAACUUGAGGAGGAGAUUGAUGGGCAGAACAGUACAGUUAAGGACAACUGCGCAGAUAAUGUGGUGAGUGCUGAAGCAGAGCAGACAAUUUCCCUUAGGAAAGAAGUUGGUGAUCUUCAGCUGAAGUUGCAUGAUACAUCUGAAGAGAAUGACCGAUUACUUGAGCUUUAUGAGAAAGCAAUGCAAGAUAGACAUGAUAUAAGAAAAAUGUGGUGGGAUUCUGUAGAGAAUGUUACAGACAUCCAAGCAGGAGCAUAUGAAGGUCCAAGAAGUCCAGAAACAUUGAUUGUUGGUAAUGAUAAAGAAAAAAUCCAAGAAUAUAGGAGUGAUAAAGCAGAAAAAGAGGUAGUCCACCUUAGGAAUGAGGUUGAGGAGAUUCAAAUGAAAUUUAAGGACGUACUUGAAGAGAAUGAAAGAUUAAUUGACAUGUAUGAGAAGGCAAUGCAAGAAAAGGAUGAGAUUAGGAAAUUGUGGAAUGAAAAUGUGAAAAAUAAUUUUUCUUCUAAAUUCAUGGCAAAUGUCAAGAAUGGAAUAGAAUCUCAAGACUUAAUAAAUGAGGUUGAGAAACAACAAACCGAGUCCCAGGAAAAUGACAAGGCUUAUGGUUUUCAAGAAGAACCAAUAGAAAAUGAAAUUGAAUAUCAGAAACUGACAAGAAAAAGUGACGAGACUGAAAAAGAAUCAAAAGGACAAAGGAGAUCUGGGGCAUUUAUCUCUAGCUUGAGUCCACAGAAUGAAGAGAAACUAAAGGUUUUGCAGGAACAAGAGCAGCAAGUGCAAAACAAAUUUAAGGAGAUGGACGUCAAGCUUGAAUUUUUUGGAGAAUCAAUGGAUAACCUAAACAUGAUUAAGGAGAAGCUAGAAGGUGAUCUGGAGUUAGUUUGUGAUCAAGCCGCAGAGCUUGUCUCCAGCAUUGCAGAGAAGGAGACAAGACUUCAAGCUAUGCAGUUAGAGCAUGGGCAACUAGUAAGGAGGCUGCAAGAAUCAGAGCAACACAGAGAAGAACUUGCCCAUCUCUCAAAAGUAGAAAAAGGCAAAUGGGUUGAAAAAGAAGCUGAGGUGCACGGGGUUAAGGACCCGAUGAUUGAAAGCAUGACCAACAGGGAGAAAAUUCUUCUUCAGGAAUUGACUUUGGCAAGAUCCAAGCUUGUAAUUGUGCAAAAGAGAGUAGAAGAAGCUACACAGCUUGUUGAUGGCUUGAGUAUACUAGAGAAAUCUUACAAUGAGAUGGAGGACAAUAGAAAGAUAUCAGAGGUUCUGAAGAAAGAAUUUACGUACAAAAAGGAGCAGAUUGAUGCUCUUCAGGCAUGCAGUAAUGAAAUGCAGGCAAAGAGGGUUCGGAUAUUCAACAAACUAAGUGCUCUUCAAUCACUUAUGUCUGAUUUAUCUGCAUCAGAAGAAUACUGGAAGUCUCAAGAAUCAAGAGCAAACGAAAAGGUUGAAACCUUUACUUGUCUUAUGAGGGAAAAAAUGGAAGAACUAACUGAUCUGCAAACCACUAAAAAGGCCCUAGAAGCUGCUAUAGAACAGACAAUUGAGAUGGAGGCAACUGCCCAAGCUAAGGUUUGUGAAUUGAAAGAUAAGCUUAAGCUUGCUGAACAACAGAGAGCUGAUGCUGAGAAAAUGGUGGUCCAAGACAAGCAAGCUGUUCUAUGCUCAGAUUUAAGAUCAUCUGCAGAACAUACUCCUAUGCAGUUUGUUAAGGCUGCAUCCUUGUUGAAAGGUGAAGAAGAAAGAAUAAAACUUUUGAGUAGUCUAAAAGAAUUUAUGGAGCAAGUAAAGGAACAUAGGGAAAGCAUUAAGAAGCUGGAAGGAAAAUUGGAUUUGGUAGAGUCUUCUAUUCAGCAGGUACAAUCAAAAGUAAAUGCAGAAUCUGCAGCUUUGAAGGAGGCAGAGGUUGUAUUACAGAGGACUCUCAAUGAAAAGAAAAUGAUAAUUGACUCUCAAGAAGAGGCAAGAUUAGAAUUGGAUAUUUUGAUCUUAGAGCUUCAAUCUUCAGAGUUCGAUGUUCAAAGCAAAGAAGAAGAGUUGAAUGAUAGAAGGGAGUAUCUUCAAAAUCUAUAUAACAGGCUAUGCGAAUUGCAAAACAAGGACAAAAUCAAUCAAGAGCUGGAACCUGAGCACUACUUCAUUACACAGCAAGUUCUAGCCAAGCUUCAGGAUAUUCAUGGAUCUGUGAGUGAAGCAAAUGCUUCAUUAGAUUCCUUGAAGUUGCAUGAACUGAAACGGCUAGAUAAUAUUAUAGGUGAGAAGUAGAAUAUGAAAUAUCGUGUUUUGUAUAAGAUGGAUUACUGAUUGGAUUGAAUUUUUAGCAAGGAUUACAGAGCCACUUUAUGAUCGCAUCAUAUGUCUGGCACAUGUAUUCUAAGUGAAUGAAUGAGUAUAACUGAGAAAGAUUGAACAUCAAACUAAUAUACUGGCAUAUAUCUGUGUUGGUUGAUGGAAGAUUGCACUUUUCAUAGAAUGGAAGAAAUAUAUUACAGAAACUUCUGCAAUUAACUCUGUGCAUGGUCAAAGGGGUGAUGCACAUUCAAGUAUCAGGUCGAAGCCUUAACUGACUAUUUCCUGGAUGAAUAGUACAGUUUAUAUGAAAGCAUGGUUCGGUGCUACAUGGAAUUUGGAGUUUGGAGAACUUCGGUUUGCCUGUACAACUACUGUGUAAAUUUGAACUUGUAUUUUCACAAAUUUUGCUUUUGAAAAUGCGGAAUAUAAUUCAUUAAAACUAUGUAAAAGGCGUUGUUUGUAACUAUUUUUAUGUACAUUGGGUUAUCCAAAGCAUAUUUGGAGCAA